AUGGAUUUUCGUCCUUUUAUGUCUGAACAAAUGCACAGUUUGGCAAUAUCCAAGGGCCUGGAGGGUUGUUCCAGCAAUUUGGAGGAGUGUGGCAGACUACACGGACAGCAUACCGGUCAUGGUCCACGAGCAAACCCAAGAGCGUACGAUGAAUAUCUUAAGGCCUACAGCGUCGCCAUGAUGCAAGGCAGGGAGAGAGAGAAUGUCUCAUACGGAGGAAAGACCCUUGCACGGUUAACCCAACUGGAUAUCGAGGGCCCGUGGACAUUUCAACUGCGAAAUCCGUCCAAUCCCGCUGCAUCUACGCACGCUGGUGUGCUGGAAUUCAUUGCCGAGGAAGGAGUUGUCCACCUGCCAUUCUGGAUGAUGAAGACCUUGAGGCUAAACGAAGGCGAUCCUAUUCGAAUUACGGGUACGGAGCUACCGAAAGGAAAGUUCGUCAAGCUCCAGGCCCAGACAGUGCAUUUCCUCGAGAUAUCUGAUCCAAAGGCCGUCCUCGAACAAGCAUUACGAAACUUCUCGGCCCUGACACAAGGCGACAUUAUAGAAAUCUCCUACAACUCAAUUAUAUUCGGGCUGUUGGUGAUGGAAACAAAGCCUGGUGGAGCUGGAAUUAGCGUCCUUGACACCGAUCUUGAAGUUGACUUUGCUGCGCCGGUGGGAUAUGUCGAACCGGAAAGGCCGAAACCACAGGCCCCCCCUACGAUGGCUUCCAAACUCAAAAUCGACCUCAAUGAACACUCCCCCGGGUCAUCGAGGCCGGGAUCGUCCCUGAGUGGUGGCUUUGCUGGUACCAGUACCGGUCAGCCGACACUCAGCAAGGGCGGUGAUCAUUGGGAAAGUUUUAAAGGGAAAGGAGAGACCCUCAGUGGAAGAAAGACCAAAGGCAAGGGCAUCAGUCAUCGUAAAGUGGAACCAGUACCCGAAGGCAGCAAGAUCAUCCGGACAGACAACCGGAAGAUUGUCUCUAACGCCACGUUAGAGACUGACACCAAAGUACCAGCUGCCUUGAAUCUUCCCUUCGGGCAGUUAUUCUUUGGGUUCAAUGUAGUACCGUAUUCGCCACCAGCAGCUGCACCUGGGUCUCCCGAAGCUCUUCCUCAGUCUCCACCUGCAUUCUCUGGCUCAGGAAAUAGGUUGACUGGUCGGUCAGUUGGUCAGUCUUCGGCAAGCUCUUCGGCAAAGGCGGAGGAAAAGAAACCGGCCUCGACGUAUAACUGGGGGAGUGGUGGUAAUACUCUGGGUGCAUCGACGCCGAGAGAGCUGGGAUCGGUUGGUGCAGGUGGUGCUCGAGUGCCACGACUGCCGCACCGGACCAGUGCCCAACAGAAGGCUCGCGAACGAAGUCCGACACCAGAUUUCGGUGUAUCGGAUGACGAAAUCAUCGAUAUCGACAGUGAUUGA